GACCUCGAGCUGGACCUGAACCUACCGAAGCUGCUGCUGCACGGCCUAAGGCGAAGUGGAGGAGGGCUUGCUGACCAAGAGCUGCUCCAAGCAAUGGUCGAUCAAGGCGACCUGCCGCCAGACAAUCGCUCGCUCUUCGAGAAGCUGCAGCAGCAGAAGGCUGCAAAAGAAGAGGCCUUUCAAGAGGCUAAUCGCUUCAGCUCCCUCAUACGCAGGCUAGAUAAUGACGAGGUGGACUUUCUUGCAGAUGUGCAGGAGCAGAAGCAGCGGGAAGAGAGCAUGAAGCGGCGCAGGACAGAGCAGGCCUUGUCGGACUUUCGAGCUGCCCAGCGUAAGGAGGAUGCGCGGCUUGCUGCAUUGGAGGAUGAGCGACGGACUAAGCAAGGGCCGCGGUCUGUCAAGCCUCCCGUCAUAAUAGCGCCGCGUAAGAGACAAGGCAUCACAGGCGUCAUCAAGAGAGAUCGCAAAAAGGCCAAGUCGGAGACGAUCGCUAUCGAUUCAGGGUCAAUUGCGUCUAUGAAUGCGGACGAGUCUGCAAAAAAGACUGCAGAUGUGUCCGCAAUGCCUUCAGACAAACCAGAAGAGCCUCUGGAUCCCCUGUCUGACACGAGUAAGACAUGAAACGCAUCUAUUUGCGGCAGCCAAUAUGAGUUGUGCUGCAUACAUUGUACAAGUACUUGAUGCUUGCCAAUUUGCCAGCAGCAAGCAUGAUGCGCCCGAUGAUACGUCGCUCAGAAAGCAGAGUACAGCGCAAGCCGACGGAGCCAGCCUUGCAGCUGCAAGCGCCGCGACCUAUGGAUCAAGCUUCAGCCUUGAAGGAUAGUCAAGUCUACAUGGGUGACGAUCCACUCUUUCUGGUCCCGCCUGAACACUUGAUUUAUCGGCGAAAGCUAUCCGUGAUACCGGAAGAACCAGCACGAAUCGCACCGGCAUCGGACGUGAUGC